AUGUUUCACUACGCUUUACCCUGCCUUUUAGGCAUAGCAGGUUAUGCGUUUGCUCUGGACUGUGACAGCUACCUUUUCUGCCAGAAUAACCUGAACAAUGCCCUCAAUCUCACCAAUCCACAGCCGUGGUCCGAUCCGGAAGGGUUCCGGCACAAGAUAGAGGGGUACUACCAAAACCAAGGCAUUACUGGACUACGGACAGUUUGCAAGGCGUUCCGACAGUUCAAAGGAUGUAUGGGAGCGGACUACAUGUCCUGCGUAAAUCCGGGACACUUUGUUACCGCUGGAGUACCGAUCUUCGAGUCCUACCAGUUCGUUAGUGUCUUCAACCAAAUGCAUUACGUCUGUGGUGGAGGAUUUCAGAUUUACAUGAAUAAUGACGACUGUAUGUCCAAAGCUUGGAGUGGAAGCACCGGAGAGCAGCUGAACGCGUGUCGGUAUAAGUUUGAGAAAGGUAGCGAUGGGAAUGCGGAAAAUGCUGAUGUGGUUAAAAGGUAA